AACCUUUCUUCACUCAAUCAGUCUUCUACAUCAUAUUACUCUUAAGCUUUCUCUUUCUAUUAAUUUUCACACACGCAAGAACACAGAUUCUUGAUUCCGGUGGGGAAAUAGAUACUGAUUAUGGCCCUUGAAGCUCUGAAUUCGACGGCACCGGGACUUGGGUAUGAAGAUGCUGAGCGGAAUCUUGAUUCCUGGACAAAAAGAAAGCGCUCAAAGCGUGCCCGCAGUGAAAGUGAAAACCCACCAACAGAUGAAGAAUAUUUGGCCCUCUGUCUCAUCAUGCUUGCUCGCAGCGGCGGAGACCGCGGUGGAGCCACCGCCAGUCCCUCGGAUAAUACAAGCAGUCCCUCUGACACAACGGCCAUAGACGAUAUUAAGAAGCAAACAGAAAAUUCUACACCGCCACCGCCACCACCAUCGCCACCGACGACCCAGAACCAGUCAUACAGCUGCAGCGUCUGUAACAAGGCUUUUCCCACGUACCAAGCACUCGGCGGACAUAAAGCAAGCCACCGCAAGAACUCCACCGCCAUCGCUCCGGACGAUGGAAAUCCUUCCACGUCGACAUCCACCGCCAACGCCGCAAGCACCGCUUCUAAUGUAUCCGCUCUCAACCCAACAGGUAGACUUCAUGAGUGCUCCGUCUGCCACAAGUCGUUUCCUACAGGCCAGGCUUUGGGUGGUCACAAGCGGCGCCACUACGAAGGUACCAUCGGUGGAGGCGGCGGGAGCUCCAAAAGUGGCGUCACCACCUCCGACAGCGGUGUGGCCAGCCACGCCCCAAGGGACUUCGAUCUGAAUCUGCCAGCGACGCCAGAGUUCCAAUUGGAGUUGACCGUUGACUUUGAGAAGAAAAGUCAAUUUCUUGGUGACCAAGAAGUGGAGAGCCCUAUGCCAUCCAAGAAACCUCGUUUAACUUUAUUUGAUGAUGGAUUUUAAAUUUUAAUCACAUUUAUUGGAUUAAAUUUAGCUUGAUUAUGUGAUUUUAUGUAAUUCAUUAGGAAAAUGUUUGGGGUAAAAUUUGUUUAUUCAGUAAUUUAAAUAAAAUUGUUAUUUUGAGAAA